AUGCGUAUAAGACAUUCAAGACAUUCAGAGGUUGGAAAAAGAAGUAGUCGAAAGCAUCAUUCAUCAUAUUUAAAAAUUAAAGAACAGGUGGUUCAAUAUGGAAGGCAUGCCAAAGCUAAAUUGCAUAGAAUUUCAAAACCAAAAGAAAACAGUCACAUAUUUAUAAGAAAUAAUGAACAUCAGGGAAUGGUAAAGAAGAGAGCCUCCUUAAGAACUAAACUUUACAAAGGUACAGGUUUCAGAAGAAAACGUAAAUCCGAAGAUUCGGCUAAAGUUGCAGAUUAUGGUAAAAGUGUUUCGAAUUCAAUAAAGGAAAAUCAAUAUUAUCAUAUCUAUAACUCGUUUGAUGACGAAAUAAAUAAAUUCGAAAGCCCACCCGGAAGUGCAGAUAGUUCAUUUCAACAACAGAAACAGGUUUAUCUUGUUAAAAACAAUUCUUUACAGUCACUAAAAAAUAUGAUAAAAAUGGGUUACGAAGCAGAGUCGUCUGGAACCCAUGCAUUGGAUAGGUUACAGUGUCAGCACGACAUUUUAAGGGAUGUUGAUAAUAAAUUGGAUAGGAUGCAAGUAUAUAAUAAAAGGGCAAGCGAUAAUAUAAUGCACUUGCGUGGUUUGAAACCAUUGAACAAUGUAGCACCUAGAUUCGAUGACGUUGAAAAUAGGAGCAUAAAUGUAUUGGAUAUAAAAGGAACACCACUAAAGUCUAAGAAUUAUCUCGAAAAUUAUAAUUACGCAAGUACCACUGCGGUAUCUUCGAGAGCUACUGAUCUUCUCAAUUAUAGUCCCGAGUAUACUCCCAGACGAUAUGAUGUUCAAUUUGAAUUUAGUUCACCAGACGGCGAUAUAGAUUCCUACAUUAAUAAAGCUUUAGAUGAAGUUGGAAAUAUUUCAAGAAAACUACGUUAUAUCGCCCAAGAAACUUCGGAAGAAUUGGAUUGUCAGUUGAAUAGACUGGCAUACACAGAAGAUUCAUUACAACGGGUUGGUAGUAAAAUUAAUAACAAUUCUAAUAAACUUGAAAGUAUGGUUGGAAAAAGUAAUUCCUUUUAA